UGGGUUCGUGGGUGUUCUUUGGGUGUUCGUAGGUGUUCGUGGAUGUUCGUGGGUGUCCAAGCAUGUAUUCAAAAUGUAUGCUUAAAAAGCGAAACUAUAAAAACAUUUUUGGGUGUUCGUUAGGCGUUGCUAUACUCAGCUCGAUGAGCUCUAUCGAUUGACUAACUCAGAUUUUAAUGUGGGGGUGUUCAUGGGUGUUCGCGUCUUUUAGCAAUACCCCUCUUUUUGACUUAUAUCUACAGUCUAUUUAAUGUCGAAUCCAAUUUACCGGCACUGGGGACAGGGACGUGUCAAUCAACUUGGAGGUGUAUUCAUCAAUGGGCGCCCACUUCCGAAUCAUCUUAGACUGAAAAUUAUUGAAUUGGCAUCACAAGGUGUACGACCGUGUGUUAUUAGUCGACAGCUGAGAGUUAGUCACGGUUGUGUGAGUAAAAUUCUUGCACGUUAUGCUGAAACGGGCAGUAUUAAACCGGGUAGUAUCGGUGGAUCAAAACCACGCGUGAUUACAGCUGAAGUUGAACAAAAAAUUGAGGAAUAUCGACAAUCAUGUCCAAAUGGAACAAUGUUUGUGUGGGAGAUUCGUGAACGUUUACUAAAAGAAGGUGUUUGUAAACCAACAUCAUUACCAAGUUUGAGUACAUUAACUAGAAUGUUAAGAUAUAGUAAAAGUGAUGAGAAUAGCGACGAUCAAGAAGUAAAUUGUCUCAGUGAUACAUGUUCGAUAAAACAUCACAAAGGUCGACGUUAUCGCACAAGUUUUAGUCAAGAUCAAAUAGAAGAAUUAGAACGUGUUUUUCAACGUACACAUUAUCCAGAUAUAGCAGCAAGAGAAGAAUUGGCGAGGAAAACUGGAUUAAGUGAAGCUCGCGUACAGGUUUGGUUUAGUAAUCGUCGUGCAAGAUGGCGUAAAAUUGCAUCUAUCCAACCUAUGCCAAUUUUUAAUCAUUCACAUAGUCAAAAUUUAAAAUUAUGGGAUACGCCUCUAAUGAUGAUAAAUCAACACUCAAACAAUAAUCCUAAUCUAUCGACAACGACAACUAAUCAACUACCAAAAGCUCAAUAUUCACCACCAUCUGAAACGAGCACAAAUCAGAUGCCUGAACAUCAGUCGUACACGUUAAUGUCAGCGUUUGCCGAUUGCAGAAAUAUGAAUGACUCACAAAUUAUCGACGAUCAAAUGCAACAAGAGUUGUUUAUUAAGAGUAAUGAUGAAUUAACAGAUCAAUACGGAUUUAUUAAAUUUGAUGAAAAUGAGUUAGACGAAGAUACACGAUUAUCACAGUAUAUUCGAUUAGCACUCAGUACAAAGCCAGAAGAUGUUGUUCAGUUUAUGAGAACAGGAUGGAAUUUAAAUAUACCAGAUCUGAUCAUUACUGUUACUGGUGGUGCUAAAAGAUUGAAAAUGUCAGCGCGAUUAAGAAAAAUAUUUCAACAAGGUUUAGUUUCGUCGGCUGUGACAACAAAUGCUUGGAUUAUCACGGCUGGAACCAAUAUUGGUGUCGUAAAAGAAGUUGGCGAAGCACUGAAUAAUUAUCGAUAUAAAAACAAAAAACAGGGUUUAGAUGUUCCUUGUAUUGGAAUUUGUAGUUGGGGAUAUACGGCUGGUAAUUAUAUUUUAAAAAAACGUCGAUAUUUGUCAUUUAUAAUGUCACGUUUUAUGCUUUGCUUUUGGACAAGAAAAGAAUCCAGUUUUCUCCUGCUUUGGAUCUCGGGUUGA